CCGGGUCGCCGCCCCGGAAGUACAUGUUCGUUCAAAAGUGGCGGGGUUGAGCGGCUGGAAGGGCGGUGAGAGCGGUUGGGGGCCGGCGGCGUGAGGGUUCUCUCAGCUCUGGAUGGAAACUGCAAUGUCUUCUGAGCUGCUGGCUGCAGAAAGGACCUUCAAACUGGGAACUACCUUUGUGUCCUAUUAGCUGCCAAGUAGUUCCUUUCCUCUGGAGUUCAGUAACCAUGGGGCCAUCGAAAACAGAGGAGGAAGAGGAGAGUGUGAUCCUGAUCAGCGAUGAUGAAGCUGAGAGCACGCUUGGGAAUUCAGUUCUGUUAGUAGACCCCCUGAAGAAGUCUGCCCUGGAAGAGGAGAAAUGUGAAGAAGUUGUGGAUGAGGAAUGUGAACUAAUGGUUACUUUCUGUAGACAAGCAAAACUGAUGCCUCAUGCCAGAUAUGACUGUACAAUACACCCAUUUGAGCGAAUGGAAUGCGAAUCAUGCUCACCCCUUGGGAAAAACGCUGAAAUUUGCAAUCAGUGCUACUGCUACAUCUGUGAUAAACUAGCUUCCGAGUGCCAGAAUUGGACAGCCCUUUCUCUCUGUCACUGCAACGCACACAACAAAAGCAAAUUCUGGAAGGACCAGCGUGACUUUGCCUUGGCCGGUGUUCUUGUAAUGUUCAACUUGGAGCUCACAGAUAUAGAUGCAGACCUUCGGCACGGUGGAAGUCUUCUAAUAAAAUUUAUGCAGGAACUUUCUGUGGAGUAUAAUAAGUAUCUGGUUGGAGAAAGAAUGCCUCCCGGGCAAUGUGAAUGCUUUUGCCUCCCAAAAUUGCCUCCUGGGCAAUGCGAUAUCUGCAGGUCACGCAACAUGGAGGUUGUGUACAAGUAUUCUGGAAUUUUUGCUGUGGUAACAAGGUUUUUGAGUCAGGCAGAAAGAGAGAGUCCUAAAGCUGCUGCUGUCAUGCUUCUGGGAGCAGCUAAAGAGAUAGCGCUUCAUAAAGACCCUGCUUUAAGCUGGCAGAACCUUGGUCAUCCUGCUUCAUUAAAGAUUGCUGUCCCUUGUCUGUUGCAAAGGAUCACCACACAACUUCAGAGGAUGCUGGUGUUGUGUGACUUUCCAAAAAAUUUGUAUGAGAAGUUUGUUAAUUUUUUUCAGUCCAUCUCGCUUCCAUGCCACUGUUUUGGCUUCUCAAAUAGCUUGAAUGUUUUGCCAUGGGACCAUGUAUUACUGACCACUGUUUUAAAAGGCCAGAACAUCACUGGUCAAAGAACACAGAAAGGAAGAAAAGUAUUUCUGUGGGAAACACUCCCUGUGAUAGAGGCUAGAGUGGAGAAAUUGGUAGACAAAAACAACUAUAAAGAAGUUGUUCGCUACCUGAGGGCUGUGAAAUGCGAUGAUACCAAAGGGUUAAGAGACCUUCGAGAUAAAAUCCCAUUCUAUUUGUGUAAAACGGGAGACUUCCUCGACGCCGCGCAUUCGCUGCUGUUUCCCGUCAAUAGCCUCGCCUGCUGUACUGCCUGCCGGAUAACGCCCUUUCAGUUUGAGAUCUACCUGAAGAUGUUCAGAACAGGCAGCAUCCCCACUGGGAAGGAUAUGGUAGACUCUGGGCCCUGGAUUACAGUUGGGUCUCCCUUGAAAGACGGUGUUCUAAUUAAGCAGGCGCUCAAACUCCUUUACAGCAAUGUGUCACUCUACAGGAAUCCUAAAUGCUGGAGUUCCCUCAUCAUGAUUUUGGGUAGUAGCAGUUUGCUGGAAAAAAGUGGGCACCUACAUCCCCUAUCCCUGAAAGAGCCACCGCUUGACUUCCAAAAGGGAGUGCUCGCUGCCAGUGGGGGCCUUCUGGAGGAACUGAAGGCAAGAAUUAAUGUUUCUUUGCCACCUGCUGUCUUCGCUCCUCAUAUGCACCAUGAGGCUUGUCUUAUUCUCGCAGUGCAAGCAAUACAACAGAUGCUUUUUUGUGAUCUUCCAUACUUGACUUCCUUCUUGGAGAUAGCCCUGGCUUUUGGGAAUAACUUUUGGGCUCUGAGGCUGUUAUUGGACCAUCUUUCCUAUGAAGAACAUGUUCUCCAUGGCACCGUCAACCUGAUUUUGAGAGACCUACAUUGUCAGAAAGCAACAAUGCUAAAACUGUGGCAAAACCUUGGUCCCCAGUACGUGGGUGAAUUCCUCUGCCUGUUCCUGACGUGCAGGCAUAAGAAGAUGCAAUCCAUUGGCCUGUUCGCUCUGAAUAUUAUCAUGGAGAACCUGCACAUGUGUCCGUGGGCAAAGCAUCUUUGCAACUUCUUUCACAAUGCAGGAUUAAGGCACCUGCCCCUUGGCACCGCAGCUCAUCGUGAAGUCUCAAAGUUUAUAAACAUUUUUGAAAAACUGUAAUUUGGCAAAAUCUUCAGGAAUAUUUUCCAAUUUGUCUUAACCUGAGAAAUCUCUUCCUGGAGUUCCUUGCUUUGGUUGUCAUCUCCAAAAAUGUUCAGCUAAAAUCUGACUUUGGACAAACCCUAAACUGAAAUCGUAGGUGAAGGUGGCUGUAUUUCAGCAGAUGUUUUGGACAUUUCCUUUCCUGCAGGUCUGUGUGUUAAGCAGUUUAAAGAGCCGGGGGUUUAAGUUCUUAAAAAGCUGGUCCAGAGAUGCUGACUGGGGCAAGAGAAUGGGGGGAGAGAAACAUGGAUGAAGUAGAAAGCGCAAGUCUCUACUUCUGUUGUGUUGCACAAAUGUGCUGUGGGCAAGAUGUCUGCAGCAGAACAACUGCUGGGAGAGGAAAAGGUUAGAAAAGGAAAACUGCCUCUCCACAGGUGUACAACGGUAUGCGUUGACAUGCUGUUUGCACACCCUCCCUUGGUUAGCGUGUAACUGUAAAAAAUAAACCACUCUUGAGGCUGAAGGACAAACCGAAGCUUUCUUAGUUGCUGCAAGAAACCAGAUUCAGGAAGGCCUAAUGCAGUAAGUAGCUUGUUUUGUUUGUAAAUAAUUUUUUUUUUAAAUCUAGCUUUCAGGGUUUUCCAGUUGUGGAGCUUUAGUUUUAUUUCCUACAAUAAAAACUUAGUGACUUAGGUGACUUAAGCUGGUGCUGACAGCUCUCUGGGUUCCUCAAAUCCUUAUUUUAGUGAUAAGUUAAUCUUUGAACUGUGGAGGUAGAAAUAGAGAUACUUCUAGCCUGGUUUAUACGUUUGCCCUGCUCACACCCGUCUGCUUUGGUUUGGCACUCAGAGGGGGGGAAAAAAUCUUUGAACAGUAUUUUGCACAUUUAAGGCUUUCAGUGGCUCUUGCAGCUUUUGUUUUCCUAAAUAAGCUACGCUACUCGAGUCUUCCGCAGAAGUGUAUGUGUAUCUAAAUCAACACCGUGUUAAGUAAAACUCUGUAGAAAUUC